AUGAACUGGAUGACGGGCGGCAAACACCGCGCGCUGUACUCGCAGCGCGGCCGACGUCGCCAGAUGCACUUCCCCGCGCUCGUCCAGCGCCAGCGCGUCCCGCCCUCGAGUCCGUCUCGCAGCGCUCCGUCAGCCGCCGCCGCCGCCGUCGCCGCUACCGCACGUGCGUCGGCCACGCCCUGGUACAUUGUGCAAGUGGGAGACGACAGCGAGUCGCAAGAUGUUCGUGUGCUGGCGCUCGAGCGGCAGCGGGCCGCGACUUCCCACGACGUCGUCCCGACGCGAGCGCAGACGGGGCGAACGGAUGCGGCCACGAGCGACAAAACAGCUGCCAGCCAACGUCCACGAUCGAGUCCGCGCCGUGAGACGAGUGCGGGCCACGACGCACGGGACGGCCGAGACAAAAGACGCGGGGGUAGGUGCAUCUUCACGCCCGUCAAGAAGGCGCGACGAGGCGACCAGACGUUCGAAGCGGUCCCGCGACUGCCCCAUGUCCGUGGCGAACGACCGCUGGCGUCACUUGUCUCUGGCAGUGACUCGGGCGCUCUCAAUGACAGUCAAGAGCGUCGACACGAGAGGACGGCGCAAGGCACCGAGCGAGAACCGGCGGAUCGGUUUCCAUUUGACACACGUGAUAGUCGUCACUCCCUACAGCACAUGAGUCGAGACGAUACCCGAAACGUGCGGCAGCUUAUCCAGCCACGUCGCCAAGACAGGAUGGACGAAGACCUCGACAGAGAAGCCUUUGACUGCCGAAUGCCUGAGGCGCAGCCGCAAUCGUUCGACGCCAUCUAUGACCAGCAACAAGCACUUUUUGACGGCGCUAGUGAGGUGGACCAGCGAUGCUUCCAGCGUAGACGACUCGAAUCCGCUCUCAGUGCCGACUCCAGUCCAGACUCGCCAUUUGACCGACCGGAUAGCCAUUCGUUCCGACUCUCGUGCCAUCCUCGUGACAUAUUGCCACCAUCAAGUCCACUCAAAGCCUCGCCGUUGUCGUUCGGAAUGAGCCGAGCCGAAGUCCUGCAGUCCCAGCUCUCGACCAAAGAUCGCACAAUUCUUGCCCGGAUGAGCUUCACACAAAGCCGGUGUCCAUCGCCAUCGCCGUCCCCGUCAACUUCAACGUCGUCGCAGGGCAGCAUUGUGCUUGGCCGUCCUCCUCUUGGCUGGCAAAAGAAGGUGUUGAUGUCGAUGAACGACGAACCGAUCUCACAACCCGAAGAUCGUUUCGAAAACCUUGUGUCGGUUCCAGAGCACAUGAGAUCGUUGUCUCCUGCGACUCACGCUGUUAACGGUAACUCGGACCGUGGUGAUUGA